UUUUUCAAUCAUUUGCCAAUUCAGGAUCUGCACUGCACAAUCCCACACACCACAUUCCCCUAAAAUUUCAAACAAUUCGGAGAUAAAUCGGAAGCGCAAUUUCAUAAACGCCUCUAACCAGCUUGAAAGGUCGUCGAUUUUCUGCUGCCCAGCCUCAAGAUCACGCCAAGAUGCCGGCGACCGCGGGGAGGGUUCGCAUGCCCGCGAACAAUCGGGUGCACAGCAGCGCCGCCUUACAGACUCACGGCAUCUGGCAGAGUGCUAUUGGGUACGAUCCCUACGCACCCAACAAAGAAGAGAAGAGCAACGCCUCCGCUCAGAACAGCGUCGCUGCCAUGGAAGGUGAACAGGAGAACGCCUAUGCUAGUUUCCAGGGUUUACUCGCUCUUGCUCGUAUCACGGGAUCCAAUGCUGACGAGGCGCGUGGCUCCUGCAAGAAGUGUGGGCGGGUUGGGCAUCUCACGUUCCAGUGCAGGAAUUUCUUGAGCGCAAAGAGCGACGAUGAUAAGGCGAUCAAGGAUAAUGAUGCCAUCCAAGCUGCAGUCUUGUCUGGACUGGAGAAGCUCAAAGGAAAGAAAUUGAAGAGUGAGGAUAGCAGUGAGGAUGAGGAGAGUGAGAGUUCAGAUACGGAUUAUGACUCAGAAUUGGAGCGUGCUAUAGCCCAGAAGUUUGGGAGAAAAGCUAGUGGGAGUGGUAGGAAGUUGAAGAGUAGAAAGAGGAGCGAUAGUGAUGAGUUAAAUGAGAGUGAUGCUAGGGAGAGAAAAAAGGAGAAGAGAGACAGAGGGAGAUCAAAGAACAGAAAGAGUGCAAAGAGAAGGUGCAGCAGCGACUCUGAUGAUGAGGAUUCAAGCAGGAAAAAGAGGAGGAAAGAGAAAAGGAGGAAGAGGGAUGAUGAUUCCUCUGAGGAGGAGGAAAGCAAGCGGAGGAGGAGAAAGAGUAAGAAGGAGAGGAGAAGGAGGAGGAGUCACCGCCAUGGGAAUGAUUAUUCCUCUGAUGAUUCUGUGAAGCAGCGACAUAAGCGGAGGAGUGGCAGGAGCGACUCAGCAUCUGGCUCUGGUGACAGUGAAUCGGAUGAUUGUCGAGUAGGAAGGGACAAGAAGCGGUCUGAUAAGAAGAGCAGGCACCGUCGUCGUAGAGAGGACUAGCUUGCUUCUAUCUCUUAAUGAUUGCGCUGUGUCGUGAGUGUUGAGUUUGGUAACAAUUUCUAAUGUGGUGUUGAUGGAAACCGAUUAUCUGCUGUUAUUCAGUUUCGCCUAGUCUGUUGUUUGGAUUGCAUUUUCUUCCCUUCUGAUUGUAAGAAUAAUCUUUCUUCUGUAUGAAUAUAUAAAUGAUUCUGUGGGCUGAACACAUAAUUCUGUUGCAGAUUGUUAAUGUUAACUGAGUUAUUUAUGUUUGGUUUA